GCUCACACAGAAAGUAGCACGAAGCCCUGCCCUGCAUUUUCCCCACAGAAGAGGAAGUUUCAAACUCUCAAAAUAAAAAAGAGCAAAGGCGGAGGAUAAAACUUUGGAAAGCAUUAUAAAACUUUAUCUUGAGGAAGAAAAAGGAGAAGAAAAAGAGGCUUUACAGGAAACUUUUUUUGUGAAGCAGGACCCUUAGGGAGUAUUCAGCAAAGGGAUUUUGUUGGGAAAGAGCUGUGAGUCCCUCUCUUCCUUAGUCUUUGGUGACGCUGACUGAGAAUGGGCUAGUCCUGCAUUGCCUGUGUGUCUAGACUGGAAUAGUGGAUCGGCAGCAGGCAGCAUCAACCAGGAUGACAGUGUACAUCCUAAACCUGCGCGUCUUCUGGCCUCUGGUCACCUGCCUCUGCACUGCCAUGCUUUUCAUCCACCAGACUCUACGCAGGGGCCAGGAAUCAGGCCCAGACGGGUGCUCUGAAAAGGGCACUGGGACCAUAUCCCUUCUCAAAUUUGCCCUGGCUUUUCUCCUCUGUUACUUCCUUAUCAAGUACUGCUCGUCCCCUCAGGGGAGGGGGAGAGGAAGGGAGAGGGAGCGCCCAGAGAUUCCCCACAGACAGGGCCCAACCAGGAGAGAGCUGCUGGAGAGCUACUACGAGAGGCAGGUUCGACUGUCUCCCCAUGUUUUGGGCCACAGCAAAGCCCACGUGGCCAAGCUGGUGAGUGAGCUAGUGAGGGCCGGGAGGGCUGAGAUACCUCCGGAAUCCACACUGGCGUUCCGAGGAGACUUCGUUCAGAUCGGCAGUGCCUAUGAGGAACACAAAGUGAGCAGCCCUGACUGUUUUGAUAUUCUAGUGCCCCUGCGUCUACCUCGAGGCCUCAAACUGGAUUCACGAUGCAGCUCAAUGGGAGAAGGAGGACUAGGAGGGGCGCCACCACUCUGCAGUCUGGAGACCCCCAGGAAAUCAGAGUGGGCACGGAGACACCGGACCUUCGUGGAAAGCUUCUUAAGCGAGGAGGUGAGAGGAGAUGCUUACCGGCUGUCCCCGGUGCCUGUCCUGCGCUGGUUUUACCCCACAGUGCAACGCUGCCUAGGCGCCAUCCGCUACCCCUUCGAGCAGCGCUGCUACAUCAGUCUGUCUCUCACCGAGGAUCGCGUGCUCCUGCGCCUUAACCCACGCUCCGACUACGUCUGCUGCCACAUCUCCAUGGGCAUCCGCCUCAUCCCAGCCCUCCACCUCGGAGACGGAGCCUACCUGGUCGCCCAGCCCAAAACAGAGGCAGCAGGGGGGAAGCAGGAGGCCUUGUGGACGGUGUACUUCCCCAAGCAGGAACAGAAGCUCCUGGGUUGGCUUAAGGGCCGAUUGCCAGCUAACUCAUGCCACCUCAAAUGCCUGCAGAUCCUGAAGGCGGUGAGGGAGCUGAGUGGCCAGGUGUUGGACAGUAAAGGUGCAGGACAGUGGAGGGCAGUGCUCUCCUCCUACACCAUCAAGACGGCUUGGCUCCGGCUCCUGCUUACUUCUGCGCCAGAAUCCUGGGAAGACCGCCACCUUGUGGAGAGAAUGGAGGACCUGCUACGCUGCCUACGCGACGCCCUGCACAGCCGACAGCUCAGCCACCUCUUCCUGGGAGGGGAUCCCGGCCUGUUACCUGAUUUCCUGUCCCUGCCUAAGCCCCUUAAGGACGCCCCUCUCUCUAACCUGAUGGCAGGUUUCGACCCAUCUUCUUUGGACCUUGUCUCGGCCCGACUCGUCUACUCCUGGACGCACCUGCACAGGCUUAUCAGGCUGGGCAGGCCACAGCGGGACAGCGUGGGGAGGGGGGUGAGGUGUAAACAUCUGGAGUCCGAAUAACCUUUCAACCCUCUAUCUCUUGAAAAAGAAGUUGUACCUUCCUUUGAUCAGGUCAGAUUGGCCAGUUUGUUUUUGGAAAGCAUUUAUAUUUCUCAACCUGCACAAAAGUCUGGUAAAGUGUUAUUUGCUUCUUAAUUAUUAAUAUUAAGUUGUUUGCAGCCUAAGCUCCUGGUACUGUAUUUGAUGGCCUGAUCACCUGAAAAAAAACAGGACUCCAUGCCCAGAAUGUCAGUAUAACCUUCAUUUUAUUCAUUUUUAUGAAAGAAAAGCACAAUCUGGUAUCACUUUACAAAAAUCAUGCAAAUUACAUCAGGCAAAUAUCACCUGCAGUGCCUGAGUACUAAUACAGCUAUGGCUUAAAGUUUAACAUCACCUACAAUUUUAGGAUUGAGGCAUAAUAAUAGUAAAAAAAAAUACUAUAUGAACAUAAUUUAGAUCUUUUAUUUAACAUUGUGUAAUAAAAUAAACUACAAAAUUAUAUCGCAAAAGUCAACUGGUAGACUAAUAGUAGUACAGUAUUUCAUUUUAGAUUUCAAAAUGUCAAUUUUUUAAAUUGUUGUCAGUUUUUCAUUAAAUAUAUGGAAAACUACAAAGCAGUAUGUAAUUCAAUCUGUUAACGUAACAUUAUUCAGCAGGCUUCAUUCGGCUUUAUGAAGCAAAACGAGUUAAUUCUAUAGUGUGAUGAAAAGCUUUUGACUGUAGCUGUACUGGUGUCUCUGAACUGUAGCACAGCAAUAGGAGGGCAUAAAUCACCACUGGUAACACCCCAUAUAUCAUGGUUAAGCAUAGGAAAGUGUAGCAACGUGCAUAGUGACAGCAUGGUAAAGAUCAGACAAGUGUGACAGGUAAACUAUUGUAAAUGCUUAUGGGAUUAUAAGCAAAUUUACUGUAGUAGUUACCGUUCCUAGGAGUAGGGUAAUACAGUACUGAAUUCAUAACUGGACUUAAAAUGUAUGUGCACACCUCAUUUUUUGAGUGCAGGUUAACUUGCACGUGGCCUGGCCUGGAUCGGGGGGAGAUUACUUGUGGUUUAAAAUGAGUGCAUCGUCCUAAAGUAAAGAUCUACCUGCUUAAGAGUUUAGGUUACUCCCAAAGCUCUACGUACAAACCUGCUUCUGCAAAGUGAACAUAUGAUUUGAGUGUGUAUGACAUGAUGAGAUAACUUCUUCUUUUUAUGUUUCCCUUAUGAAAAACAAGGGCACUUUGUUAAACGGCAAUAAAAAACUCAGCAUAGUGUAGCUAAAAUAAACAACGCAGCAUAGAUUGUGCUUUAGCCGAAAGACAAGUGAGUUAGAACUGACUGCUUUCACGCUCUCAAGCACAGGUAAAGAUGCAUACUUUUAGCACAGAGAAUAUUAUUGCAAUUGAUUGGAAGACAGCAAAAAACCAUAUUGUUUGCACUUUCCCAUUUCCCUCAAAGCUAAAGUAUGAUAUUAUUAUUCUGCCCCUCGCUCCGUCAUCACGUUUGGUGAUACAAGAGCAGUCUUCGUGAUUCUGCAUCAGUCAACACAGGACUCCACCAUUUCUUGUCACAGAGCAUCACCUUCCACGUAAACCGGCCUGUAGGGAUGGAAUCUUCAAAUUCAGUUACCAUGGUGACAGUGUCUGCCAUCUGAGGUCACAGUCUCCUUUUUAAAAUGGAUGAUAAAUUGAUCGCCAUGUCAGUCAACCAACGUCCAAAACAAAUUUAAAAAAAAGAGCAGCACCUUUAUUGGUAUGCUAGUAUUAAAUAUAUAUAUAUAUAUAAAACAUGAAGAAUACAUAACUGUGCUAGCAUUAUUUUAAUGGCAUAAUUAUUUUUCAAACUGUAUUGGACUUCAACAUUUCCAUUAUGUAUAACAGUAGCUCCCAACAGAAUGAGUUUGCAGACUAGCACUGACUUUUUCCUUUUGGUUGGAGCAGUUCCCUGCUUGCAGCUUCAAGUAGCCCAUUGUGUAGGUUAUGAAGCGUGGCUGCAGUGGAAUAUCUGAUACAAAUUGUAAGGGAGCAGCUCCAAUGGAGCCUCAUUAACUGUUUCACUGCCAAAUUGGGACUUUCAGACAAAUACUGUUAUUAGAAAUCUUUAACUGUAUUUUCCAAGAAUGCAACAGUCUCUGUGAGCAGAGAUGACAAUCCAUUUCAUCAAGAAAAAUGCUUCUGAAUUUCAUAUGCAUAUAGAUGGCACAAGCCAGUGCUGUUUGAUGGCACUUCAAUUGUAUUGUAACUGGAGAAUACAUGACAACAUAUACCACAGUGCAGCUAAAAUAUAAGAUCACUAUUAUAACAUUGUCAUUGUGCAGUUAAAGUGGAAGAAAAUUAGUAUACGUAUACAUUUACAGUCUCUAAAAAAUCAUUUAAAUAACUAUUAUAAAAAGAAUAAUACGUUUUCUGCCUCAUACAGAAUGGUAGUUUAAUGCCCAUGACAAGAUAUACUCUGGGACAAAAGUGAAAAGUUAAGUUUGCAAAACUAAGGUGCUAAAAUUGGGGGAGGACAUAGGAAACCUUUUUCCCCCCAAAAAAUCUGCAAUAUUUCACUUAAACCUUAAACUUCUUGAGGUUUGUGUAACCUUGCCAAAGUGUAAUGGGACAAUGUGCCUCUUGAAAUGCACCCGGGUGUUACUGGUGUAGGGAUAUGAUUUAACUCCUUACUGUUAAAGGAAAAGAGGAGCUGCCUGCUGUAGGAGUUUAAGAGCACUCCUUGGGGUCUGUUGUAAUCAUAUAAGCAGCAGUGGUAUUAAUCCAUCCGUUUGCCUACAUUGCAAAAGACAAAGGUUCUCAGCAUUUUCAAUGGACUAUCUUUAUUCUAUUUUCAUUUUAAAAAAAGUGUGAGAAGUCAAUUCUUACACUUUUUGGGUUCAAGAUAUGAAAUGGCUGUUGAUAAAAAAUGAGUAGCUACUUAAUAUUGGUGUAUUCGAGUUUAUAAAGGAAUGUGCAAGCUAAACUCCUUAUGAAAAUAGACAUGUGGAGUUCUGACACAUUUCCUAACUCUUUUAGAGAGUACUGUACAAUACUGUAAGUGUCUGUCUCUCUCUAAGCGAGAGUGAGUCAGUAGGUCUGACACACAGACACAAGGUCUUUUAUUUAUUUAAUAAUUUAUUUUCAACAAGGAAUAUUUGUGUGGGAUGGCUCCACAGUGCAAUAAGUACAGUAUUAAGAAUCAGGGGCAAUCUCAGUAGGUAACAUAUUACCAAAGACAGCUAAUUUACUGUGGAAAAUGUCUAAUGCAAAAGAAGCACAACAUUGUAUUGUAAUACUCGUUAUCCAAACAUGAAAAAUUAUAUUACAAAACAGAAAAUGCAUAAUGGAUCAUUGAGGAAAACGAAAUGUAGAGAUCCUGAGGCAAUUAUCUUUUGAUCUCAACAAAAAAAAAACCAUAUUCUUCUUUUUUUUUCUUUUCAUGUCCUUAUUGUAAGACAAAUGAUCCCUAAUGAGAAGUAAAAGCAGUUGAAGUGGAGUGAAAGAGCAGCACCAGCAGCAUUGCAGUGUAAUUAGACUGCAGUUCACCUUGUGGCAAAGCAUGUUUCUCAAACAUUUAUAGUAUUUGGUCAGAAGGAUGUUAGGAUUUUUGUUAUCAUUAAUAUUGUUUCAAAGAGAUUCACUCCUAGAAAAAAAGAUCAGUCUAUCGCUAGGGUAAAUGUUUAAGUACUAGGGAAUCUACUCAGAUUGCAUGUUAACAGUGGGUAGGUGAGUGAUUCCCCAGUACUCUAAAACCAUUGAAAACAAUGCAGUUUUUCAAAUGGGACCCAUCAGCUGCUGUUCUCUGAGCUGCAGUAAUUAUCUAGACAGUAUUGUUGCUCUUUUUUAACUUUAUGCACUUGGAUAUUCAUUACAUUCUAUGUUUAUUUUAAUAAUUAUUGUAAACUUUUUGCACUUUUUAAUUUGUGUUGUUGUUGUAAGGAAUACUGUACUGGAUCAUUGCACAUUUAAAAAAAUAAAAAAAUACUUGUAUUACUUUGUUAUUCAA